UUACUCCCAUGAAAGUCUGAACGAUAUAAAUGAACCUGGAAUCAGUUUAUCAGAUUCACUAUUCAACAGAUCAUCAGUUGAUUAAUUGCUGUUCCAAUCUUUUAAUUGUGACAAUCAACUACUAGCAUUAACUGAAAAUGGUCAAAACUUGUGAAAGAUUAACAACCAACGGAUCGGCCAUAAAUUCAAGAUCAUUGGAAGAUGAUAUUAAAAGUUUACGUGAAGAUUUGAUUAAUUGUCCAGAGUAUGAAGAUUGGGAUUCGAUUGAUCAAAAGUUAUUGGAAAAUCAAUCGAGUCAAUCAGUUUUACUCGAAUCCUUUUUGGCGACAAAUUUCAACUAUAAACGAGCCCUACAAUCGGCGAGGAAAUUUUUGACCUGGAAGGCCGAAAAUGGGAUCAACUUUUUACAAGCCGAAAGUUUUGCCAAAGAAAUGCAUUCGAUUAACUUUGUUUGCUUUCUACCCGCCGAUAUCAAUGGUACACCAACUUUAUUGCUUCGACUGUGUUUCCCUUCACCCCCAAGCUAUUUGCUUCCUUACGUUUAUAAAUACGUUUCUUGGAAUAUCGAGAAAGUGACCAAGGCCAUAAAUAUGACCUCUCGAAAGCCAAGGUUCAUCAUUGAUUGUGCCGAUGCGAGGAUCGACUUGACCAUAAUCAAAGAGAUGCUCAAUAUCCUUGUGUUCAUUUAUCCACCAUGGGUUGAAUCAGUUACGUUCUGUAACAUGGAUUGGAAAUUCAGUUUCAUCUAUUCAAUAAUUAAGAAAUUGCUUCCAUCAUCUAUUCGUGAGUUAAUCAUUGAAGCUGAUCAAUCAUUUGUUAAUUCACUUGCAAGUGAACCGACUAAUUUACCACCCUACCUUGGUGGAUUAACUUUUAAUUGUUCCUAUGAUGAUUGGAUCAAAUGUGAUAAUAUUUCUGAUUUUCUUAAAGAAAAAGGAUUCAAAGAGAAACAAAUUAACGAAUCAAUUGAUUAUGUUAAUUCAGUGAUUAAGAAAUUUGGUAAUGAUGCACCGAAAAAACUUUAAUCACGGUAAUUUAAUUUGUACAAACAAAUCGACUAAUUGUGAUCCUAAAUUGU